AUGGCUUCUACGACAACGCUCUCGCUCGAGCCGCUGCGGCUAUUUGCUGGAGAUGGAAAGGACUCAGACCUGUUUGCGCGGCCUGCGCGGCUGCACGACGUCGUGCUGGACGACGGGCGCGAGGUGUUCACUCGAAAUGAUCCGAAGAAAAGUCUUUCGGAGCGAUUGAUGCGUGUGUGGCAGGAGCGGGGCGAUUACUCGCAGUUGACGGAGGACUCGAUCCGCAACCCGGUCCAGGAGGACAAGGAGGAGCAGGCGGACGAGGUCGACCGGCCGUCUGUCGAGGACAUGCACAAGCUGCAGGAGACGAUGUUGCAGAACCUCGUGAUCGCUCGGGGCGAGUUGAGCACAGCGCUCGACGUGCUUUCGGUUCUCUCUGCGCCUACCGACCCGCCAGAUGUCGACGUCAACACCAUCCCGCUUCCUCAGCAAACCCUCACUCUCGUCCCGACCGCUCCUCCCCCUCCUCCUUCGACAGAUCCGUCGACAAAUCCUCUCGCCGCCCUUCCUCUCGCUUCUUCCCUUGACACACUCAAGUCCUCAGCAAACGCCUUCUUCCGCGCCUCAGAAGAGCUCAUUCCGCUCGACGUAGCCGAACUUGCAGCCGCCGGCUUAUCCUCCGCCUCGUCCACCACCAAAGCCGCACGACCUCGCACUUGCGAUCCCGACCCCUGGCCAACCAUCCUCCGCCUCCAUGCUAGCUCGCCUCGCUCGCUCAUCCCACUGGGAGCGAUGAAGGGUGCGAGUCUCAGCGGGAAGGGCGAGACGAGGACCGCGAGGGAGGUGGGCGUCUUCUUCGGUUGCCAGGAGGCGAAGGCAGAGUACAGGCGUGCGGCGGUUGCGCGAGUAGGCGAGUUGUUGCACGACGAAGCGGCGGAACGGACGGGGCGGAAGAUGGUCUUCGAGUUGGACUCGAGGGGCGAGAAGGAGAGGUUCGGCUGGAAUGGCGAAGGCGACGCAGAUAGCGAGCGGGUAGAAAGGAUCUUGCAGCUGCGCAGUCGAGCUGCUUUCGCCGAAGAGCUGUUUGCGCAGCUUGCAACUGAAGCACAGGCGGAAAACAGCACUACGCGCGCCCGCUUCGAGCUGGGCUCGGGCAAGAAGGGCGACUCGGUCGUGCUGGAAGGUGCAGGCUGGAGCUUGCGGAUCUCGAUGGUCGUAUCGUCCGGUGCGGCUGAGACGGCCUCCUCCUCCGGGCUCGCCUCUCUCGCCUCUCUCGUUCGCCUCCUCUUCCUCCAAGAAUACGCUUCUCGCCGCGCCUCCACCCGUGCGAAGGCUCCCAGCACAUCUUCUCGACCUAUCCUCGCCACUCUCUCCGCGUAUCUCAACCACUCGCAACGCGCCGAGAGGCUGAAGGGCAUCUUGGAGGAGAUCGCGGCGAGCGGCAGAGAGCAGGGCGUGCAGGUUGCGGUUCAGCACGAUGGCGCGAAGGAGGUGCAGGGCUCGGCGACAGAUGUUGUCAAGGUGUUGCGAGGCGAAACGGAGCUUGGCGGGCUGGCGACGCUGCGGAUGGGCAAAGCCCACAUUAUCCACGUCGCGCACUCGUACCCGCUCCCUUCGUCUUCAGCCUCCUCGCAAGCACCGCCGAUCCUUCCAUCCGCGCAGCCGACCCUCUCACUGCGACUGCCAGGUCGGCCGCCGCUGCAGGUCCCGGGCCUCAGGCACCUCGAAGGACUCGUCAGGGAGGAACUAGGCAGGGUGGUCUCGCUCGACCGGGAGCGGACGCAGGAGAGGUCAGCGAACGGCGCGAAGGAAGCGGACGAGGCGAAGGCGAGCGAUGCGUAG